AUGGAAGCCGACCCAUACAGGCCUACUCGCAGCCAGAUAGAGUUCGUACGCCAGCAGCUGGGCACCAGCGAGGAGGCCCUCAAGAGUGACGUCACAGCACUGAGGGAGUGGCUACGCGACCAGCCCCACCUGCCGACGGAUGGCAUGGAUGACGACCGACUGGAGCGCCUGCACAUAAUCUACAAGUGCAAGAUAGAACGUACAAAGAAGGCGCUGGACGCCUACUUUUCUUUGAAGAACGCCUUUCCUGAGCUGCUUCUGAACAGGGAUCCCCAUGAUAGCAACAUCCGACAGAGCACCGAAACUGUGAUGUUCUACGGAAUCCCUCAGCUGACGCCCGAUGGCUUCCGCGUAACAACGAUCGUGUUCAUGCCGCCAACAAAGGAGAUCGACGUCGCGGCUAUCUGCAAGCACGUGAUCAUCGCCACAGAAACUAUGCUGGCACUUGACUACGCUCUUGGCAAUAUUCUCAUCGUCGAUCUGAAGCACUUGGCCAUGUCCCACAUUCUGGCAUUCGGGAGCAGUCUAGCUCGAAAAACUGUUUCUAUUUAUACGACGAUAUAUAACCGGAGCGUCAAGCGAAUACAUCUUGUAAAUGCUCCGGCGCUGGUGGACAAACUUGUUGCUGUGGUGAAAGUCCUGAUGCCUGCUAAGCUAGUGAAAAGGAUACUCAUUCACCGCGCUGGAAAAGACACGUUGUUCGACCACGUGCCCCGGGAAUUUGUACCAAACGAGCUUGGAGGCACUGCCGGGACCAGCGAGGAGCUGUUUGAGCUCAGUUUGGCGACAAUGGCCGGCAUCAGGGAGUGGCUGGUCCGCCAGGACGAGAUGGUGUCGGACGAGAGCAGGCGGCCCCGCAGACAGCCCGGGUUCUCGCUGCUCAGGAAGCUCGACGUCGACUGA